GGUAGACGGGAUAGUACUAGUACAGGCGAUAAUUAUAAUAACAUCAAAUACUUUCCCGUCACCACAAUUCUAAAAGCCGAGAAGAACUUCUUCCCCAUUUCUCCCAUUUCUUUUCCCUCCCUCCCUCCCCUCCCCAGCGCAAGCACCCCCCCCCCCCCCACCAACCCUACGAACCAGCGGAUAGCGAUAGCAAUAAUGACGGCCAGCCUACGCACAAUCCUCACCCUCCUAACCCUCACCACCUUCACCCGCACAACAACCGCCUCCACAAUCCUACAAAACGAAGUUUACAGACUCCCGGACUACCCCUACCUAAGCAGCUGCCAGCAAAAAUGCAUAGCCGGCGAACCCAGCAACCAAGCCUACCCAACCUCCAUCUUCUACAUCACGAAUUGCGAGACAAAAGCCUGCUUCUGCCCGCAGCAGAAUGAACCGCAGAUCGGACAGCAAGCGCAAAAGUGUCUGGAAGGCGUGAGCGGCGGGGCGUGCGCGACCGUGCUGGAGUACAACGGCCUGAUGGCAUUCGUGGCGAAGUACUGCGGAUUCGAGUACGCCCCCGCUACCACCGGGUUAUUAUUUCCGCCUUCGGGUGGGGGGGGUGCGGGCGCGACGAGUACGCCCGGGGCGACGGCUAGCUGCUGGGAUAGAUAUGGGCACCCGGUGCAGACGUGCAGUUCCACUAGUACGUUUUUUUCUUUCAUCUAGUUUUUGUGGGAGAAGGGAGGGGGGAGGGAGGGGGGGGAUGAAUUGGGAACUGACCGAGUUAGUGACCACGGCGACCAGGACGUCGAGUCCCUACUGGAGCUCCUCUUCCACCGCUGACUCUCAAGCGACUGAGGCGCCCGCGGGCGGGAAAGGCAAGGGCGGCUUGAGCAUUGGGAAAAUCAUUGGAUUCGCGAUACUGGGGUUCUUUGUGAGUACUAUAUUGGGAGCGCUAGGGUGUAACUGUGUAUUCCCUGGGUUCUGCUGUUGCUGUUGAUGCGUUGUGCGUUAUUAGGAGGUGUCUAUAG